AUGAGAUACAAUAAUCUAAAUCAUGUAAAUCAACAUCAUUUUAAUUCAUUAACUUUAUCAUUAUCAUCACCAAAAUUACAAUCAAACUUAACUCCAUCGCCUCAUUUUACAACAAAUCCUUCAUUAACUUCAAUACCAAGAUUUUAUAAUAAGAAAUUAAAAUUUAUAUUACCAUUUUUAAUAAUAGUAUUAUGUAUAUAUAAAACUUUAACAAUAUAUUUGACUACAGAAUUAAAUCAACAACUACUAGAAAAUCAUGCAUUAACUAUAAACAAAAUAUCAGAUUUUAAUCCCAAAAAUAUUGCAUUAGAUUUAUAUAAUUAUUUAAUUGAACAAAAUCAUUCCUUAGAUUCCAAAUUAGGUUCAAAUGAUGGUAUAUAUUUUCAUUGGGAUGAUUGGGUUGAUUUAAGUAAUGCAAAUCAAUUAUUAAAUAAAGCAAGAUUUGUUUCACCUUCCGGUAUAUAUUGUGAUCAUGCAUUAAUACAAUAUGGGAGUGUGAAUGCACAUUGGUUGGAAAGUUAUGAUACUAAAAUAUUUAGAGGGGCUGUAAAUUUAUAUUGUUCGCAUGAUAUACCCGAAAAAAUUAUUGUAACAACUGAUGAAUCAUUAAUUGAAGUACCAAUAAUUGGUAAAAAAAGGUUUGGUAAUCAUAAAUCAAUACCUGUAAAAUCUGAACAAUUAAUUAAUAAAAUGAAGAUUAUAAAUAAUAAUUUUAACAUUAAAGAAAAAGAGGAUAAUCAAAAUACUAAUAGAAAGUCCAAAUUUAUAGUUAAAUCAAUUAAAAAUUUACAAAAACAACAAAUGGUAGAACCAGAGGAUUUUAUUUUUAAACCAGAUAUUGAAAUUUUUAGUUUACAAGAAAAAUUAAAUGAUCAAACAAUAACAGCAAAAGAAUUAAAAUAUCUUGAAUUUUUAGAAUAUUCAAAUAAUCAUUUGGUUGAUAGUACUGAUAGAUAUUUUAAAUAUGCAUGGAUUUAUUCAGAUGUUUUUCAAGGUAAUUCUCAUCAUAUUGCUUAUCCUUUUUUCAAAAGAUAUAUAAGUGAUCGUGAAAGACAAAGUAUAUUACAUCAUAUGAUAAGAUCAUGGUUUCAAUUCGCUGAAGUCAAUGGAUUUGCAAGUUGGAUUAAUCAUGGUUCAUUAUUAGGUUGGGCUUUUAAUGGAUUAAAUAUGCCAUGGGAUACUGAUAUUGAUAUUCAAAUGCCAAUUGCUCAAUUAGAUAAAUUAGGUCAAAAUUUUAACAAGACUUUAAUUAUGGAAAAUCCAAGAUAUGGUAAUGCAAGAUACUGGUUAGAAAUUGCACCAACAUAUAUAAGACAAGGUAAUGGACGUAAUCAUAUUGAUGCUAGAUUUAUUGAUAUUCAAAGUGGAUUAUAUAUUGAUAUAAGUGCAUUAUCACAUACUGAAGUCCCACCACCAACUGAUGAAAAUCUACCAGAUAAUUUGAAAACUAUGGCAGUACAUUGUAAAAAUUGGAAUUGGCAUACAUUAGAUGAAUUAUUACCAAUAAGACAUACAUUUUUCGAAGGUUCAUCAGUUUACAUUCCAAAUAAAGUAAAUCAACCAUUAAAAAAUAAAUAUGGUUCAAAUGCAUUAACAAAUUAUCAAUUUCAUAAUCAUAAUUAUCAAUCAGAUAUAAGCUUGUGGGUAAACAAUAAGAUUUGUAAAUCAUCACCAAAUUUUUCAAGAUUUAAUAAAUGGAAUCAAUUAACUAAAAAAGGUGCAUGUAAUUCUAGAGUUUUACAAGAUGAAUACAAUAUUAUAAAAGAAUGUGCUGAUAGACAUCAUCAAUUAAAUUCAGAUUUAGAUAAUCCAAUAUUUUAUAAUAUUGAAGAAACCGGUGAUUUACCAUUAUUCAGAAAAGAUGCUUUUGAUUAUUACUAUGAUAUAAAUAAUAAAUUAGUCAGUAACGAUGAUUGGUAUAUAAGAAAUGAAAUUUUAAGACCUGAUAGACGUCAAAAACAACAACAUCAAGAACAAUAUUCAAAUUCACAACAACAAGAACCACCACAAGAAGUUUCCCAACAAGAUAUAGUACAACAAGAAAUACUACAACAAGAACAACGUACAAAACAAGAACAACAACAAGAAGUGCAAGAACAACUUACACAACAAGAAGUACAAGAACAGCAACAACAACAACAGCUACAGAUGAACACAAUUAAUAGCUAA